UCGCGCAAGUUUCUUAGUUACUUUAAAGCCCGAUAAAGGCGCUGCAUAAAUUUCAUACAAAGUCGACUUUGAUACGAAUUCUUUCUCUUAAAUGGUCGUGUGGGUCCUCAGAGCUCGUACAAAUAUUGACAACAUUUUAUUUUCAAUUUGUAGGAGAACAGUGUAAUUGCAACCUUAUUGGCAGAUAUUUAAUUUGUUUUUGCGCAUUGGUGAUUUGUAUUCAAUACGUAGCGUAGCAAAGAUAUAGUCGUCCGACUGCUUUAUAUCAUGACUGAUAAAGGUCCUCUAGUGACCGCAGCGGCAACAGCAUGCGCUCUCGGAGCAGCGUACUACGCUUACAAUGUUUAUAAGGAGACAAGGAAACCCAAGUUGCCUGAACAAUGGAAACAAGUCGGUACACUCAAGGACAUUUAUGUGUACCCUAUUAAAUCUUGCGGACCAGUACUUUUGAACAAGGUGGAAUGCAGUACACUGGGUCCGAAAGAUGGAUGGCUAAGAGACAGAGUGCUGAUGGUAGUAGACGACAAGUAUAACUUUAUAACGGCGCGCGGAUACCCUGAGCUGCUGCUGGUGCAUCCCCAAGUGAAGAGUUCCGUGCUCAGCUUGAAGCACGUCGACAUGGAGCCAUUGCACGUUAACUUGGCAGAAAUUAUACAAAUGAAGACAGCAAAAACUGCCAAGGUUUGGGGCACUACGGUCCCAGUCUAUGAUUGUGGCUUUGAACCCAGUGAAUGGUUCUCGAGGUUAUUAAAUCGUUCCGGGGAUAACUUUAGGCUGGUGUAUUACGCCUCACAGAAGUGUCGUGAGAUUGCAACUGGUGUUCCAAAUAGUUACUACAAGUUCACCAAAAAUGAUACGGGCGCUUUACCAGACGAAGUACCUUUUAAUUUAAUCAAUGAAGCAUCGGUUAACGAAUUGAACAGCCGUUUGAAAGAUUGUCAGGUGACUGCUCUUAACUUCAGACCGAAUUUUGUCCUUUCCGGCGCGGAACCGUACGCCGAGGAUAAUUGGAAAUACGUGAAGAUCGGUGAAAACGUUUUUGAAAUAAUAAAACCAUGCACUAGAUGCAUAUUAACUACUAUAGAUCCGGAGACCGGCGUGCGUAACUCGAAAACGGAGCCUUUAGAGACAUUGAAAUCAUACCGACAAGUAAUAGAUCCCGAGGAACGGAAGGCAACAGGCAGCUCUCCGCGUAUGGGCAUUCAGAUGUCACUUCGGUCGGAGCCCGGCCGCCUCGUGUCUUUGAACGAUCCUAUUUACAUCCCACAAUGAUGUUUUAAAUUUUGAUAUUUCAUGUAAAGGGUAUUUUUUUUUGGAAAAUAAAAUAUGUUUUUAAAAAA